GGUGUGUCACAAAUCUGCAAGACAGCUUCCUUCCUUGUUACUGCAUGGUAUAAAGAUGAUCAGAGAGCCAAUCCUCAAGCCUUCGGCACCAGAGCUCAAUUGCUCAAUAUUAAUUACAUCAGCAUCACUAUUAACAGGGUAUUCUGAGAGGAAAAGGAUCUCCAGGACUUGUUCUCAGGUGACUGAUCCUGGAGCUGGAGUCUGAUUGCCUGGAGUCUGAUUGAAAGAGGGUCAACCCCAGUGAGAUUCAACUCCACGCUCAUAGGUCUCACACCAUGGAGGUCCUGCGUUCGUCCAGCUCCGCCUCUUCCUGUCCAGACGUCCACAAUUGGAGUAGUAGCUACAGUGUCAUUCUGGAGCAUUACAACUUCACCAGACGCCUCCAACACCGAAAACCCUCAAAGAGCGGCACCAGCGUCAUCACGGUCCUGUUCCUUUGCUUCAGCGUCUUCAUCAUCCUGGAGAACCUCUUGGUGCUGCUGGCCGUCUUGUUUCGCGUCCGCCUACGCCAUCGUUGGAUAUUCAUUUGCAUCGCCAACAUCGCUCUUAGUGACUUGCUAACAGGUUCUGCUUACGUAGUGAACAUCUGCAUGUCAGGUGAACGCACUUUCAAGCUAAGCCCAGUUCUCUGGCUAUUCCGUGAGGGACUUCUCUUCGUAGCGCUUGCGGCGUCAAUCUUCAGCCUGCUCUUGAUUGCUGUGGAGCGCUACACUACUAUGAUGAAGCCCGUCCACCAGAAAACGGCCACCAAGACUUACCGUAUCUACAUGAUGGUGGUGCUGUGCUGGAUAACGGCACUGAUUAUCGGCUUCCUGCCGUUGAUGGGUUGGAACUGUGUUUGUGACCUGAAAAGGUGCUCUACACUUCUGCCGCUCUACUCCAAGAGCUAUAUCCUGUUUGCUCUGAUCAUAUUCUUCAUCAUUCUACUCACAAUUGGAGCUCUCUAUUUUGCAAUCUACUGCCACGUUCGAACCAGCACCGAGAUGAUGUCCGUUCGCAGCCACAAGCGUUCGUUGCGGCUCCUGAAGGCCGUCAUCUCCACCGUUGGGGUCUUCAUGGUGUGUUGGGGCCCCUUGUUCAUCCUUCUGUUGGUGGACUUCUUCUGCUACUCUCGAACUUGUAGCACUCUCUUCAGUCCAGAUUGGGUCAUUGCACUAGCUGUGCUCAACUCCGCAAUGAACCCGCUAAUUUACUCGUUCGGCAGUCUGGAACUGCGUAAAGCUAUUUCAACCCUCCUCUGCUGUUGCUGCUUGAAGGCAAGACUCUGCGAUCCCAAGACAUUCAUGUCUAAGGAAACCUCCAGCACUUCAGGGAGUCGGCGCAGCAGCCUGUGCAACAGCUUCAGCAAGAUGCGAAAUCUGAGCACCAGUCCACUGCCAGAACCGAAGAACAGCAAGAAAACACGCCUCAGCUCCACCACUUCUUGUUUAUCUGCGUCAAGCGGUUAGGCCACAGGUGUUUUUCACCUUCACCACAGGAACUGCACCUACUCCUCCUUAGGUCUGAAACGCUUCAGUGUGGCUUCACCCGUUCAACAGCUGACGUCAGUUUCCAUGCACACCUUUAUAUUUUGCAGAGACUCAAAUGUUGCUGAAAGGACAAAAAGUUUGUGGGUACUAGGGACAGAACAAAAAUGUGAUCUUUGGGGUGCAUUUUGAACUGCAGGGUGGGCAAUAGGUUCUCUUUUCGUCUUACCAUUGUAGCACCCCUUGGUUGUUUCACAUUCUGACUGGGGAUGGGGGUGGAAGGUUGGGAGACACAAGGACGAUCUAGUGGGGCUGUGCACCCCUUAGCAAUCCCCCCAACCCCAGCCAUGGUAGGUACCAUAAAAGUGUACAGCGGCACAGAUGAAUUAUUAUUUCCACAAUAAUGAAUGUGGCUUGAUUAUUGUAGCUUGAGUUUGCAUUUCUGUACAAGAUUAGGACUGAGUGAAAGCAAGAAGUCAGAUUUGUAAAAUGGUCAAAUAAACAGUUCUGUUCAUAGUUGUGUUUUCUAAGAGAAUGUAAAAGGUAUAAUUUAACCAUUGAAAAAAAAAAAAGAGUCUAUUUUCAUAUGUUACAGAAAGAGAUGUUUAUAUUUGUACAUGCACUUUUAAAGUUUUUUUUAUUGUUUCAGGUUAAUAUCUGUAAUUGUACAUGAUUAAAAUUUUGGAAAUAAAAAUUGUUCUGAAAGAUUUCUUUGGACAUCUCUGAGAGUCAAGAAUAUCCAUUGAACACAAGAGGGAGACAAUAUACAGACUUUGUGAAAGCAUGCAGGUUUUUCUUUCAAAGGGAAUCAUGUCUUUUUAUUUCAAACUUAGCUUAGUUGUUCUUUAAGAUUCACAUGAUUUAUAUCAUGUCAAAUUCGAAAAUUGAGCUUUGAUUUCAUUGAAAUGAUCACAUAUUUGUAGAUUCCCUUGAAGAUUUUUAUUAUACCUUAAAGUGUCUAUUUCUGAGUCAGGUUAAGGCUCAAACAACAUGCCUUUAGGGCUGUAAGGCAAUAUGUUCAGAUACAAGCUGAAAGCAAAAAAAAGAUCUGUGUUUUUAAAAAUAAGUUAAUUGUUUUUUAACAGCCCCCAAAGCAGCUAGACUUCAUUGUAGUAGUUAAAAGCAUUCCUGAUCUAACAUUUUAAGCCCUGUCAAUAAAGACCAUCCAUUCCAGGAGAAAUGUUCACAUAACAACUAUAAUGAUAUUUCAUAGCAGGGGUUUUGAAUCUUUACAGCCCUCACCCACUGCUGUUCCAUAUUCCAGAGAUGAUUACAGUCCAGUUUACGACUUUAUGACAUCCUGAAGGUAACAUGGAUUUAUGGGCUUCUGUUUAGAGGGCGUAAAGUUGCGUGCAGACCGACUAGACUGGCCCACCCUCCAUUGCUGAAUUAAUUGACUUUCACUGUUUAUUUAGGUGAAGAUCAGAACUGAUUUGAAUCAAUUUCAUCUUAUUUCAGAUGUUUUCAGAUAGUCCAUUUUGAUUACAUGUUGACUUUACAGUCAAUGCAAUUGAAUUCAACAUUUAAACUGAUUGAAUAAGAUAAAUCUAUCAACUGGGUUAACAAUGGGAAAAACAAACACAAAUCAAACUGUAUAGUAUCUUGUUUAAUUUAAAAAGAUAUUUCUUGUACAAAAUUUCCCAUCUGUAUAGCAAGUACAGUAAUUAAACAGCACAACAGAAUACAUUUCAAACACUUAAAACAUGACAUUUGGCACAGAUGUGAAAUUCUUUUCUGAAACUUCCCUUGCGCUCUCUGGAUCGUGACCCAGAAGGAUCUAUGGACGGCCGGUUCUGUGGGUUCCUUCACACGGCUUUGCUGCUUUAUUGCACAGCUGGUCUCAUUCAACUUAAACCAAUUAUAAAGUGCACAGCUUUGGUCUGGACCACAAACACACUGACUACAUGGUGGCGGAGGCAACAAAAGAAUAUCCAAUAACUUAAAGAGUCCACGUCACGAAAUCUGGUCAGUCUCUAAGCUUAUGAUAAAAGGCAUCUGAGAUUGCUGUGAAACUCAAAUAAGAGGCUUUGCGCUUUCAUCCCUGCAGUUCCUUCCCACUGAUGCAUUUAUGAACUAUAAUUGUUUCUGAGUAGCACAAAUCUUUCCAAGUAGCUGUCAAUGCUGCGGACUGAGGAAAAUGGUUCAAGUCAGGCCACAAGACUGAUUCUUCUGCGAGAAUAAUACCUGCAAUAUAGAAUCAAUCCAUCAGAAAAGCAUUAAAGAAGUAGUUCACCACAAAAUAUAAAUUCUGUCAUCAUCAUUUACUUACCUUUAUGUUGUGACAAAUCCAUUUGACUUUCCUCUGUGGAACACUAAAGAUGUGAGGUAGAAUUGUUUUUUUUUUUUUUAUUUGGGCUCGAAAGCAACCACCUAGCAAUGCCCUAGCAACCACACAGCACACCCUAACAAUUGCAGAGCAACACACACACACACACACACACACACACA